UUCUGUAGCUAACGUUAGCUUCCUGUGCGACUCCUUUACAUUUCACCGAGGCCCUUCUCAGCUUUAACUAACUAACGUUAACAUAUUCACGGACUUUUACAGAUGGACACAUACGUUUGGUAGUAUACGUCCAUUAACCUGCCUUUGCGAGGUUUUAAAAUGUUCCGCAGCAGCACGGAGGAGGUAACAACCGGCGGUGACACCCCAGAAGGCGGACAGCUCGGGGGGGUGUCCCCAAUGGACAGGAGCGGACCCAAUGAAACUACCUCGUACGGUCCCGCAUCAGCUUCCUCCAAUUCAUCCUACCAAAGUUUAGAUGAAGGCAGUACGAGCUCCAGCCAUGGUCCAUCACACCCCCCAAUGGCCUCUGCUCAGCUCCAUCACAGCGUCAGGUUGGGCAGGACAAAUACAUCACUCCUCAUGACUACCACGGACAGCUCCUCCAUCCGCAGCCACGGAGGAACACCAGUACUCAGGAGAACUGUGGGGUCACAUCCUGCAUCGACACUGCUGAAUGAUCACAGCGCAACAAGUUGCUCCUCUGCGACCACAACCUCCGGUGCAUCUGUGAUUGUGGCAGUAGUUGAGGGCCGCGGUUUGGCCAGGGGAGAGAUUGGCAUGGCUAGUCUCAACUUGAAAUGUCCAGAGCUUGUACUCUCUCAGUUUGCAGACACUGGGACAUAUGCCAAGGUCAUAACCAAGAUUCACAUCUUGGUGCCGCUGGAAAUACUGAUGCCAGACACGUCCAGUGAGAAGGGGAAAGGGACAAAAUUGUUCAACCUCAUCACAGAGAACUUCCCGGGAGUAGCUUUCACUGCUAUCCAAAGGAAGUACUUUAAUGAGAGGAAAGGACUGGAGUACAUUCAGCAGCUGUGUGCUCCAGAAUUUGGCACUGUCAUCAUGGAAGUGCAAGCUAAGUACUACUGCCUAGCAGCAGCAGCUGCUUUGCUGAAAUAUUUAGAGUUCAUCCAGAACUCUGUCUAUGCUGCCAAGUCUCUCAAAGUGAGCUUUAAAGGGAGCGAACAGACGGCAAUGAUUGACUCAGCAUCUGCUUCUAACUUGGAGUUGGUGGUCAAUAAUAGAGACCACAGGAGCGAACAUAGUCUUUUAGGUGUACUUAACCACACUAAAACACCUGGUGGUGCUAGAAGGUUGCGCUCCAAUAUUCUGGAGCCUCUGGUUGAUGUGGACACCAUUAACAUACGCUUGGACACCAUACAAGAGCUGCUGCAGGAUGAGGAGCUCUUCUUUGGCCUGAAGAAUGCCAUAGGCCACUUCCUUGACAUUGACCAGCUGCUCUCUGUUCUGGUCCAAAUCCCAAAACAAGAAACGGUUCAAGUUGCUGAAGCAAAAAUUACACAUGUCAUUCAACUGAAACACACAUUGGAUCUGGUGCCACGCUUAAGGAUGGUGUUGAAGAACUGCAAGACAGCUCUGCUCAAGGCCUAUAGCACCUCACUGGAAGACAACAGGUUUGACAUGAUCCUCGAGCAGAUCAAGACAGUGAUUAAUGAUGACACCACCUACCUGAAGGGGAGUCUCAACAUGCGCACCCAGAAGUGUUAUGCUGUCCGCCCCAACAUCAAUGAGUUCCUCGACAUUGCACGCAGAGCUUACACCGAGAUAGUGGACGACAUUGCAGGGCUAGUGAACCAGAUGGGGGAGAAAUAUGGUUUGCCAAUACGUACCAGCUUCAACUCAGCUCGAGGUUUCUUCAUCCAGAUGAGGCUUGAAGGAGUGGUCUUGCCUGAAGGGAAACUCCCCUCAGAGUUUAUCAAGGUAACCAAGCACAGGAACAACUAUGGCUUCACUACUGCAGACUUGAUGAAGAUGAAUGACCGCUGUGAUGAGGCCCUGAGGGAGAUCUUUCACAUGUCCUAUGUGGUGAUAUGUCAACUGCUGAGCACUGUCCAUGAGCACAUUCACUGCCUUUACAAGCUCUCUGAUGCUGUAUCCAUGCUGGACAUGUUGCUGUCACUGGCCAAUGCAUGCACCAUCUCAGACUAUGUGCGCCCAGAGUUCACAGACACACUGGCCAUCAAGCAGGGUCGUCACCCCAUUCUAGAGCGAAUGGCUGGACAGCGGCCUGUAUCGAACAAUAGCUACAUCUCCGAGGGCAGCAACUUUGUCAUCAUCACUGGACCCAACAUGAGCGGCAAAUCCACCUACCUCAAACAGGUGGCACUGUGUCAGAUCAUGGCUCAGAUAGGCUCCUUUGUCCCUGCGGAGUAUGCCUCUGUUUGUGUUGCUGAUCAGAUUUUCACCAGAAUUGGUGUGGAUGAUGAUUUUGAAACUAACUCUUCCACUUUCAUGUUGGAAAUGAAAGAAAUCUCUUACAUAAUCCACAACGUAAGUGACAGGUCCCUGAUCAUAAUAGAUGAGUUGGGGCGUGGUACCAGUGCUGAGGAAGGCAUCGGCAUCUGUCACUCAGUUUGUGAGGUGCUCCUUAGCCUCAAGGCGUUCACCCUGUUUGCCACACACUUUCUUGAGCUGUGCCAACUAGAGUCUCUUUAUCCUAAUGUGGAGAACCAGCACAUGGAGGUACAGCACACACGCAGCAGUGACACAGGUGCUGAGGGUGUGGUGUACACAUACGUGCUGAAUCGAGGAUGCUCUGAAGAAAGUCACUAUGGUCUGAGAGCAGCAGAAAUGACUGCACUUCCUUCAAACAUAAUCCAAGAGGCAAAGAAAAUGGCCUCCAAAGUUAGCCAGCACCUUUUGGCCAAACAUCACAGUGAUCCAGAAACACAGAGGCAGAGAGCUGUGUACCACCUUGCUACCCGCCUCCUCCAGGCUGCCAGGAACUCCAGACUGGACCCAGACAGCUUGCGUAUGUAUCUGAAGGGCCUGAAGAAGCAGUAUGAGGCAGAGCUGCAGGCAGCAGGGCAGCCAGCGUCCAUUGAUACAGAGGAGGAAUGACUGACUCAGCCUUAGUGGGGAGGGGCAGUGAUAUACUGAUCAGUGUCUGAUGAGCAUUACUGGGCAUAUUGUUAUUUCUACCUUAGUUUAUUUGACAAUAAAUUGAUUUAUUUGAA